UAAUAUUGAGCAGAAAAUUAUACCUACAAGAAGAGGGGACGGUGAGGCUCUAAUCCUCUAUUCAGAAUUCACUGGAACCCCUUUCAGUCUUCUGCAGCUGCCUCACCAGCGCCGAAGCCUCCGACCAAUAAGCCUAGCAGAAAUCCAGUGAAGGUUUUAAGACACAGACAUGAAUGCCUUCAAGGCUUUCAAAGCCUCUGUCCCCAUUGCAUGGAGUCCCAACCUAUACAUCACCUUGGUGAGAGGUAUUCCAGGGACCAGAAGGCUUCACAGGCGUACUUUAGAGGCAUUACGUCUUCGCAAGUGCAACCGAACUGUCAUGCGAUGGAACACCCCUACGGUUAGGGGAAUGCUCCAACAGGUCAAGAGAUUAGUUGUUAUUGAGACCGAAGAGAUGUACAAGGCCCGGAAACAAAAGGAGGCGAACCACCGAGCUUUGUGUCCCCCAUUGUUCAUUAGUCACCUACCUCCUCCUGCAAGUACCUCUUCCUAAGGGCCCGUGUAAUACAUCGGAAGGUCAGGUCUAAGAGUAAUAGAUGCCGGUUUGUAGUAUGGGGCAAAAAAAUACUUAUGAUGGUGUAAUUUCUGUGAGCUGCCAAUCCUAUUCAGUUGUGGGUUUGAUGUCAUUUUUAUUCUGGGUAAGAAAUUCUAUGAUGUCUCUCAACUAGGUGUACUCAAGGGUAAUAAAAUUUUGUUUCCCAGAAGUAAACUGCAACCAAGAACCCCAUCUAUUUGCAUAUGCAAUUUGGUAAAAGCUUUGUUUUUGUGAAUGACUUGAGGCUAAUUUCAGAUGUUCAGCUUGAAUAUAUCUUUCUUUCAUAUAUUA